AUGACAGAGACGCUCGCCGCUGGAGACAUGGGCAGCAUCUCUGUCACAAAGCUCUUCAGUAGCGAUAGUACCGCUGCAUUGGGUCAGCAGCUUAGCUCCAUCUUCUCUAACCUCAAUAGCACGUCGAAGGACCGAUGGCAGCGCUCCGAGGAGUGCCUCAGCGCCUUGAUGGACACUCUUUUUCUACAUGAAAAGGAGCUUGGCGCGAAUGAAUCGCUCCAUGAGCGUGUCAUUGCCCUGAUCGAUAGUGCCUUCUGCAACUCCGUGGACAAGGGAUGCAGCUCAUUUCGCGUCGUAUUUGACAUCAAGUGGAAGGACCAACACGAGAAGAGAAAUCGCUGCUUCAUGCUGCUGUUGAGUCGUGCAUUUAAGUGCACCACGCCGGAAGAAUGCCUGAAGGUAAUUCAGUGCCUCGGUGAAGUACUCGAGGAUAACAUUCGCACGACGACAGACCUUCUAACAGAUCACGUGGAAGCGCUUCUGAAAGACCUCUUCGCAGCUGAUGUGCACCGCCGCACUGUUGUGUGCGAGGUGCUCGCCAAAAUUGUGUCGACGGCUGCAUUCAUCAUAAAACGAAACCCAACACUGCUGGAGCUCCUCACGUCGUCUUGUGCGCCUCUGGUGACACUGAAGGACGCGAUGGAAACACGAAAUGUGUGGCACCGCACAGCACUCAUCCGCCUUACCUCCGCGCUUGUGAAGAACUGCUAUGAGGUGACGCCACAAGUGGCGAAAGAUGUGGCUGACCUUGUCUUGCGCUACAUGCGCGCCGCGGCAGAUGAGUCGCUGCUGGUCGGUGUCCUUUCCGCUUUGGCUCACGUUGCUGUGACGCCAGCGUUUGUUUCGGCUCCGUGGAAUUUGCCGCAGCUGGUGAGUUUUCUCUGCGAAACGGACUGGUCCGUCUACUCCGUCGCUACGCGAGUCGCCGCUGUAACUGCAGCAAGCAAAGUAGCCUGUUUUCUUUGCCAAGAGGAAAGGGAUUGGUACGAAGCGCUGAGGACGCGUUUGCUAGAGUUUAUCUCCUCGGACGACUCUGUGGAGGUGGGAACGGAAGGGCUUGAGCUCUUAAAGGAGAUGCUAAUCUCAGAGAGAGAGCUUCGCUUAGGUGGGGCCGUGGUAAAGGCGGUCUGUGCGUGCAUUCAACGACUGCCCUAUGUUCCUGUCAUCUAUGAGCUGCUGGAGCUCAUUCGGGACCGCUACGGCGAUCUCCAGAUGAAGCCGAUCUACUCGCUCUUAGAAGGCUACUUGGGCACCGAGCAGGAACUGCUGAACUUUGGCAAAGUGAACGCGCUACUACGCUUCGCUGGGACUCGGAUUCGCUUUGACGACCCAAGGCUUGCGCAGCUGCGCAUCAACGUAGGCGUCAACCGACCGAUUCCGGUGAUACUGCACUCACUACCGCUGCUCACAACGUUACAGCGGACGGAGCAGCUGGACGAAGUGCUGGAGAUCCUCUCGCACGACGACCCAGGUGUGCGGCGCGUCGCUGUCACCACAGCGCUGGAGCUCUGCGAGAUCGUUAUCGAGCGCAACGAGGCGCACGUGGCUAAGGCAAAUGGUUACGCGCAGCGACUAAAUAAUAACGUGAGUAACGCGGUGGAGCGUGUGCUAGACGUCGCCGUGGCCGACCGCGACCCUGAGAUUCGGCUAUGGGCGUUGCAGCAGUUCACCGCGUCCUUCUUUCCGUACCUGUGCCAUGCGGACAACUUGGAGGCUAUCUUUAUGGCACGCAACGACAACGAUAAAGCAACACAGGCCCAGGCACUGACGCUGCUGUGCCAGUUGCUCCCAUAUCGCCCCUCCAUAGUGCAGCCGCAGCUGCAGCGUACGCAGAGAUACAUGCUGCACGAUGUUGCUACCAUGGACGCGUCUGUGUCCUUCGCGGUGUGCAUGGCUGGACUGCUGAAGAUGUGUGUGGACUACGAUGCCCUCCUAAUUCAAGGAAGCACUGUCGUGACAAUUGUGUUGCAGCGAUUGGAGGCGCAGCCUUUUAUCUCUCGAUCGCUCUCCAUCGCUUUGCUGCAGCUCAUCCGCUCAAUCCUAGAGCGGACAGCACCGCAAGACCACUUCGAUCCUCAUUUGUUUCUUCGACCGCUCCUCAUGAUUGCCAACGGCGGGGAUUCGUGCACGCGACGUCGCGAGGCGUUGGAGACGCUGGCGGCUUUCAUCAGUCACAUCACCAAGACCGACAUUUCAGAGCUGAGUGAGGUGUACCGGGCUGUGGCCCGUAUCAUCCGCCGCGAGACGGAAGAAGAAGAGUCCGUGACGAUUGCUGCCAUGAAGGUGCUCAGCUCCAUCGGUGCCGUGACCCCCGUAAAGAUGCGCCACGUCUUCCGCAAGGUGGAGUCGGAUGAGAUGGAGGAAGAAGAGGAGGUGGUGACGCCGGCACUGGCUCACUGCAAGCCACGACUGCGCGUCUCCACCGACAUGCCGGAGCGCUACGCUUCUGCAGUACUGUACUACCUCGUGCGCUCGUUGCAGCUCGCGUUGGAUCCAAAGCAGCAGGUGGACACGUUGGCAGCGGUGCGAUCGAUGCUGCACGAUGUCGAGGGAAAGGUGGAACUUAAUCUACUCACCCAGCUGCUUCCGCAACUGCAGACCUGGCUGCGCGACCCGGAGCGGGCAUUUCUGUAUGAGACGGUACUGGGCCUGAUGAACGACCUUGCCAUUCUCCUUUGUCAAUUCAAGGAGACUGUAGCGCCAUCUGUGGGCUACGACCUACUCCGGUCUGUGCAAGCCUUUUGCCUUCUCCCGCAGGCGAGCCAGAGACCUUUCAGGGCGUACGUUGUGCAGCUGCUUGACAGCCUAGCAAAGGGGAUUCCGGCGCAGGACAUGCGCGACAACCGGUGGGCCGUCGAGUUUAUUCACCAGCGGCUUUCGCAGAACAAGAACGACCUUGACUUGGUGCAGCGCGUUGUCAAAUCUCUUGAGUCGUUUACAGCAGUGAUGCAUGAGAAGGAGCUGCAGAUGAUUCUGCCACACGUGCUGCAGUGCAUCGAGCCUGCAAAAGCAUCGCCUGACGGUAAGCUCUCCAAGUCUAAAAAUGUCAACGACGCCUGCUUCGACUUCUUGAACUUCGUCAUGGCGAAGCAGCUGACCCUCGUGAAGCACUGCUGCGCGCAAAUUGUUCACACCAUCAUGUGGUACAUCGAGCUGGCCGAAAGCAACGAGGAGAUGGAUGUUGGCCUACACACCUUAGCGACACUGGUGGACACGGUAAAGAUGCCGGCGAAACGAUUCAUUAUGCCAAUCGAGCGCGUGGCGGUGCGCAAGAACUUUCCACCGCAGUACUUCGUCAACCUCGUUAAGAGCGCCGCCGGUGGCGCCAAGACCCGCAUGGCAACGUCGAAUGGCACAGACCUUAAUCCGGACCGCCCCAUUACGGUGGUGUCGCAUCUGCCGCGAUUGUCGAAGGAUGAGUUCGAGCAGGAGUUGCGCAGCACGCCGUGCUCGGAGAACGUUCUCAUCGACGUGCUUGACGUCCGUCACCAUCAUGGUCAGACGAUGAUUGACUUCCGCUUUCAGCCCGGCAUGGACACCGCGGCGCGAUGUAGUCUGUUUAGCCGCAAAGCCACAGACAACAAGUCCUCCAUGCGACGUAAUUUGGGUAUUCUCCGGGUAGAGCAACGGGAAGAGAGCCCACGUCCGGUCGGGGCGAAGGUCAUUCAGGCACUGGCGAACUUGCCGGUGGCGAAGACAAAGAAACGCGAGCAGUCGUGGGUUUUGUGGCUCCACAACGCCACAGUGACGCUUUUGCGCAAUUCCCCGUAUGCCGUGCUGCGCGACACGUGCGCUGUCGCGGACCGCAACACGGAGCUUGCCAAGGAUCUUUUCCCCCUUGCCGUAACUGCCGUGUGCGGGCACCUUGACACGCCGCUGCGGGCGCAGCUUAUGGAGAUCUUUGAUCGCGCGCUUGCUGCGGCACCCGCGGACGUCAAGCAGGGGCUGUUCUGCUUUGCCGAGUUCAUGGAGGGCGAGCGAGAUGAGGACCACGUGAAGUUCGUCAAGGUGAUGCGAGAGAGUGUGUUCAGCGUGGAUCGGGAGUCGACCAGUCAGAAGUUUGGUAUCAACUACGACCAGGACCCCACACUAGGUGUCAUCGUGACGAAGCUGGCCCCGAAUGGUGUAGGCGCUCGCGCCGGCGUCCCGAUUGGCGCGCAGCUGCUCGCUAUCAAUGAUAAUCCAGUGCGUGCGGUCAGCGACAUUCGCGGCCUUAUUGAGGGACACACGCAUACUGAACUGCUGCUGGCGUACGAGGUAGAGGAGAGGACAAAGUCUAUACCGACGCCGCUGAUGAACUUGGAAGUCCUAGCAUCUGUCGCCUUCAGCGGGGAGAUGCAUACCAAGGCGAUCUACUUCAACGAGGUGCUCUUUGAGAGCCUCUCACGCAAGCUUUGCAAGGUUACGGACCGCAAGGACAACCAGAUGCGUCGUGUCAUGACGAUUGCUGAGGACCUCAUUCAGUAUUACCGGCACUUGAACAUGACCAUGACAGCCAACGGGCUGCUGAAGAUGCUCACCCGCAAGUUCUCUGAAAUCUUCGCGCCUGAGCAGUUCGGCUUUGAGGAGAUUGCAUCGUUGGAGCAGCUCAACUGGUGGAGUGAGGCGCUGCGACGAUAUGAGGCGCGCAUGGCCAGCUGCGAUACCCGUUGCCUCGAGGUGGCGUCGCUUGUGGGCGUGCUAAGGUGUGAGCAAGCGCUGGGGCACUCGAACCGCGUGCAGGAGCUCGCCGAGCUGUACUGGGACCAGCUUCCCACCGACGCGCAGUGCGAGGUAGCGCCCUUUCGAGCCAAGGCAGCGUUCUGCUUGGGAGCGUGGGACAUCUUCGACGAGCUGGCGGUAGACAGGCGCAUGCAAAGCUACUUUGGUGUCGUUGAGCGCUGCGCCGCGCUGUUUCGAACUGAGUGCUACAGCGAGCUUUUGCAUUAUACCGACAAGGUGCGUGAGUCGAUGCUCGAGUCUUUUGCCGACUCGUUGAAUGAGAGCUACAGCCGCGCGUACGAGGGCAUGACGCGUCUGCAGCACCUGCGGCACUUUGAAGAGCUCGUUUCAUUCACUACGGCGUGCAGUGAGCGGCAGGCGCUGCUGAAGCGUGUGUGGCAUCGCCGGCUGGGACAGAUGUCUACCCGGCCGGACGAUCUCCUGACGGUGCUCUCCAUCAACUCACUUGUGCUAGAGCCGGAGAGUGACCUGGACUCGUACGUGUAUGUCAUCCGAUCCCUGUGCAAGUCACAGUGGUUCUCGCACGCGGAGCACCUCCUGCAACGGCUGCUGCACGAGGAUGCCUCGCUUGAGGUUCUAUGUAAAUGUGACCCGGAGCUGAUCCACACCUACAUCAAGUACGUUUACCUCGCCAAGGACAAGCAAGGAGCGUAUGUAGAGCUGAAGAGCAUCUUGUCCGCCGUCCAGGUCGACGCCGAAGACCCUCGAGCCGAGACUUGGGGGCAGUGUUGGCUGCUUCUUGGCGAGUGGACCAUGUACCUCUUCCCCGAGUACGGCGAGGAGGCCAUCACGGAGCUGACACACGCCACAGAGCUAGGCCCCAACAGCGCCGCUGCCUUUCACUCGCUGGGCAUCCUGCAUUGCGAUCUCGCCCGCGACCCGAGCACACAGGGCGAGGUGCAGAACAGACACCUAAUCUCCUGCAUCACCUCCCUUUUUAAGUCCAUUCAGCUCUGCAACGACGUACCGGGCAGCCUCGUGAUGCAGGAUGUACUGCGCAUUCUCUCAGUCUGGUUUGCCAACAGUGGCAUGCGGGAGAUCAACGAGGCGGUGCACUACGGAGUGCAGGUGGUGGCGGACCACGUGUGGCUGAACGUGGUGCCGCAGCUCAUUGCCCGCAUCGGCAUCGAGGCCCGCUACGCUCGCGCCAUCCUGACCGACUUACUCAUUCGUGUAGGGUCUCAGUACUCUCACGCCCUCAUCUACCCUCUCACAGUGGCGGAAAAGUCGCCAGACGUGGUGCGGCGGCACAUGGCGGAGCGCGUCAUCAUGGGCAUGCGCGACAUCCCAGAGAACGAUCGCAUUGUCAGAGAGGCGUCUUUGGUGAGCAACGAGAUGGUGCGCAUUGCCAUUUUGUGGACAGAGAAGUGGCACGCGGCGAUUCAACAGGCGGCCUAUAAACCGAGCAACGCGGAUACCAUCUUCUCCAUGCUGCAGCCGCUGUACGAGGAGCUGGACCGCGCCUCCACCCCGAGUGAGCUCAACUUUGAGCGCACGUUCGGUCACACGCUGCGCCACGCCAAGAUCGCCUUGGAGGCGUCAAAAACAGACGAGGCAUGGGGUCUCUUGCGGCAGGUAUACGCGCAGCUGCGCCGCGGCGUGCUGGAGCGGCGGCUGUACAUGAGCGACGUCUCACCGACGCUGGAUGGCAUUCAAGACAGCAUUGUGGCAGUGCCUGGUACCUUCGAGCACGACAAGCCCCUCAUCACGAUUCGCAAGUUCCACAGCAGGGUGUAUGUGAUGCCAUCCAAGCAGAAACCGCGCCGCAUCGGCCUCGACGCGUCCGAUGGCAAAAAGUACCGCUUCUUACUCAAGGGCCACGAGGAUAUGCGGCAGGAUGAGCGCGUCAUGCAGUUCAUUCGCCUGAUCGACACCAUCUUCCAGUCCGAUAAUGCGGCGAGUGCGAUUGGACUGAGCAUCCCGCAGUACGCUGUGAUCCCCCUCACUGACAACGUCGGCGUCGUCGGAUGGGUGGAGAACACCGAGACAAUUUACAAGAUGCUAGAGACGCACAGACAGGCACACGAGGUGUCCAUUUACAAAGAGGUCAACCUCAUCAUGAAGAAAGGCGGACUGAGCACAAUCGAGGACUACCACCAGUUGCCGAAGCAGCAGCGCAAAGCGCUGCUGAACUAUGCAAUGGAAAACACUCCAAAGAACGAGCUGCGUCAGAUCUUCUGGAACAACAAUGACACGUGUGAGCAGUGGCUGAGCUACCGCCAAACCUACGGCCAGACGUUGGCUGCAAUGUCUAUGGUCGGCUAUGUCCUUGGCCUUGGUGACCGCCAUCUCAACAACCUGAUGCUGCAGGGCAACGGCACCGUUGUCCACAUCGACUUUGGCGAUUGCUUCGAGGUGGCUAUGCAUCGCGCCCACUACGCCGAGGCUGUUCCGUUCCGCCUGACACGUCUGCUAGUGUGCGCUCUCGGUAUCACCGGCGUCGAUGGUGUUUACCGCAUGACAUGCGAGUUGGCUAUGAAAAACCUCCACCGCCAUAGCGAAAAUCUGCUGUCGAUUCUCGAGGCUUUCAUCUACGACCCUCUCAUCAACUGGCGACUCAACGCGGUCAACGAUACCACAGAGAGGUCGGGGUCCAAGUCGGUGCAGCAGGAGGCCAACAACAGUGCUUCCGCUGCUUUAGCAGGAGAAACUGCCGCUGCGGCCCGCUUGGGGGUUGAUGAUGCGUCGGAGGGUGAUGCUAAACCCGUUGCUAUGCAGCUGUCGAAGUCUGUAUCGAAGCCGGCGCCGCACUCCGCCUUGCCAGGGGAGAGUCAAAUGUUCGAGAAUGGUGAGGAGACGCGCAACCAGCAAGGCAACUUGGCCCUCGCACGUGUGCAGGCAAAGCUCACCGGUCAGGAUUUUGGCAUGGUGAACAGCUCCUUCUCCAUGAUGCGCUCCUCUCGCCGUUUGGAGGGUGGGGACUCUCAACCUCACGGUUCGUCGUGGGGCUCGAACAGUCUCGCUGGCUUCACCGACUCGCCCAAGGACUCGUUUGCAGCACCGCUGCUCACCACCUACCUUUCGCUCCGCGUUUUGAACGGGGGUGCGGAGAGCCUGGAUGUGCCGCACCAAGUCGACCGCCUCAUUCAAGAGGCGACGAGCCUCGACAAUUUGUCGGACGCGUUUCUCACUGGCUGGGCACCGUUCUGGUAG